AUGCCACCAUUGGAGGAUUGUUCUAAUAUUGAUGUUGAAGAACCCAUUCAUGGAGAUAUGUUGGUUACAAGGCGAAUACUAAAUAUUCAGCCUAAGGAUAGUAAUGAUGAGGAGCAACGUGAGCACAUUUUCCAUAUAAGAUGCCACGUUAAAGACAAGGUAUGUAGCAUGAUUAUUGAUAGUGGAAGUUGUAUUAAUGUUGCUAGUACUUUGUUGGUAGAUAAGCUCAAUCUGGAAACCUUCAAGCAUCCUAAGCAGUAUAAGUUGCAAUGGUUGAAUGAGUGUGGAGAAAUUAGAGUAACCAAGCAAGUUUUAGUUGCCUUCUCUAUCGGCAAGUACAAGGAUGAGGCUCUUUGUGAUGUGGCACCAAUGCAUGCUGGUCAUAUACUUCUUUGCCAACCAUGGCAGCUUGAUAGGAAGGUUACUCAUAAUAGCUACAAGAAUAAAUACUCUUUUGAAUUUAAUAAUCAGAUUGUUAUAUUAACUCCUCUUAAACCUUUUGAAGCAUAUGAGGAUCAGAUUAAGAUAGAGUUUGAAGACUUGUUUCCCGAAGAGAUUCCCCAUGGAUUACCUCUUUUAAGAGGUAUUGAGCGCCAAAUCGACUUCAUACCUAGGGCUGCCAUACCAAAUCGACCUGCCUAUAGAACUAAUCCUAAGGAGACAAAGGAGAUACAAAGGCAAGUGGAUGAGUUGGUGGAAAAGGGAUUUGUCAGAGAGAGUCUUAGCCCAUGCUUGGUUCCUAUCAUUCUAGUCCCAAAGAAAGAUGGAACAUGGUGCAUGUGCAUGGAUUGUUCGCAAGGUAUUAGUGUGGAUGAAGAGAAGGUAAAGGUGAUAAGGGAUUGGACUACACCUAAGAACAUGAACGAGAAUGUUGUUUUUAAAUGGGAAGAUGUGCAUGAUCGGGCUUUCAAUAUCUUGAAAGAAAAGCUUACUAAUGCACCUUUGUUAUGUUUGCCUAACUUUGAUAAAAUUUUUGAGGUAGAAUGUGACGUAUCUGGAAUAGGAAUAGGGGAUGUUUUGAUGCAAGAUUUCAAACCAAUUGCUUACUUUAGUGAAAAGCUAAGUGGGACAGCCUUGAAUUAUCCCACUUAUGACAAGAAACUUUAUGCAUUAGUAAGAACUCUUCAAACAUGGCAACAUUAUUUGUGGCCAAGGGAAUUCAUCAUUCAUUCUAAUCAUGAGAGCUUAAAGUUCUUGAAAUCCCAAGGUAAGCUUUAUAAAAGACAUGCUAAGUGGCUAAAGUUCAUCGAAAUGUUUCUUUAUGUGAUCAAGUACAAACAUAGAAAGGAAAACGUUGUUGCCGAUGCAUUGUCUAGAUGGUAUGCAUUACUUACUUCUUUGCAAACUAAGUUACUUGGUUUUGACUUACUUAAGGACUUAUAUACUAAUGAUUCUGAUUUUGGCCAAGUAUGGAAUGCAUGUGCUAAGUGUGCGUUUGGUGAUUUUUAUAGGCAUGAAGGAUUUCUAUUUAGGAGAGAUAAAUUAUGCGUGCCUAUUUGUUCUAUUCGUGAGUUGCUUGUUAGGGAAACUCACAGGGGUGGGUUGAUAGGUCAUUUUGGUGUGCAAAAAACACUAGACAUAUUGUGUGAUUAUUUUUAUUGGCCUAAUAUGAAGCAUGAUGUUCAAUCUGUUUAUGAUAAGUCAUUACAUGUAAGCAAGCAAAAUCUAAGUCAAACCGCAUGGCUUGUAUACCCCUUAACCCGUACCUAA